GCUUAAUGAAUAGUAAGAAAAAGAAUAAAAUAGUCCUAGCUACAGGCACAUCUUCCAAGAAGACUGCGGCGGCGCGUGUCAUUGGCUACUUGAGCAUAUUUCACAUUAUUCUCGUGCUUCGUCUUCAUCAGAUUGAUCAACAAUGGCGUUGUACGUUUUGUCACGUCGUUUAUCAUCUGGAUCAACCUCCACGACGGCGCUCGCCUUGCGUUUCGUCUCCGCUUCCAGAUCCUACUCCUCCUCCUCCUUCCGGGAAGAACGAGAUACCUUCGGACCCAUCCAAGUUCCCUCCGACAAAUUAUGGGGAGCACAGACUCAGCGAUCGUUGCAGAACUUCGACAUCGGCGGCCCCCGCGAACGCAUGCCGGAGACAAUCAUUCGCGCCUUUGGCAUCUUGAAGAAAUGCGCUGCCAAGGUGAACAUGGAGUACGGCCUUGAUCCCACGAUUGCGAAAGCGGUUAUGCAAGCGGCGCAAGAAGUUGCUGAGGGAAAGCUCAAUGAUCAUUUUCCGCUUGUUGUGUGGCAAACUGGCAGUGGCACUCAGAGUAACAUGAAUGCUAAUGAGGUUAUUGCUAAUAGAGCUGCAGAGAUUCUUGGCCAUAAGCGCGGGGAGAAGCAUGUGCACCCCAAUGAUCAUGUCAAUAGAUCUCAAUCUUCAAAUGAUACUUUCCCAACUGUAAUGCACAUUGCAGCUGCUAUGGAGAUAAACUCAAGAGUGAUCCCCAGCUUGAAAACCUUGCAUUCGACACUAAACUCAAAGUCAAUUGAAUUCAAAGAUAUUGUCAAGAUUGGACGCACACAUACUCAAGAUGCAACGCCGUUGACUCUUGGACAAGAGUUUAGUGGGUAUACUACACAAGUGAAGUAUGGUAUUGAUCGAGUGAUUUCUACUUUGCCGCACAUGUAUCAGCUUGCCCAGGGUGGUACCGCUGUAGGGACUGGAUUGAAUACGAAGAAGGGGUUUGAUGUUAAGAUAGCAAAUGCAGUAGCUGACGAAACACAUCUGCCUUUUGUGACCGCAGAAAAUAAGUUCGAGGCCUUGGCUGCCCAUGAUGCUUUUGUUGAAACUAGUGGAGCCCUCAAUACCGUUGCAACUUCUUUAAUGAAGGUUGCUAAUGAUAUACGGUUAUUAGGAAGUGGUCCCCGUUGUGGUCUUGGUGAACUCAUUCUACCUGAAAACGAACCAGGGAGCAGUAUUAUGCCUGGGAAGGUUAAUCCUACCCAGUGCGAGGCUUUGACAAUGGUCUGUGCACAGGUCAUGGGAAACCAUGUUGCAAUCACAGUGGGUGGAUCAAAUGGUCAUUUUGAGCUCAAUGUGUUCAAGCCAAUGAUGGCCAGUUGUCUUCUGCAUUCACUGAGACUGCUUGGAGAUGCAUCCGCUUCCUUCGAAAAGAAUUGUGUAAGAGGAAUUCAAGCUAAUAGGGAAAGAAUUUCAAAAUUACUGCAUGAGUCACUAAUGCUUGUCACAUCGUUGAACCCAAAAAUCGGUUAUGACAAUGCAGCAGCAGUUGCCAAGAAAGCCCACAAAGAAGGGACUACUCUCAAGGAAGCUGCAUUGAAGCUUGGAGUACUGAGCUCUGAAGAUUUCGACAAUCUUGUGGUGCCUGAAAAAAUGAUUGGCCCAUCUGAGAUCUGAUUGACUAGCAUGUGAUGCUUAGUUCCUAUUAAUUCUUGGUUCAUCCAUCAGCUGCAUUGAAUUAGUAUUUUUGAAGCGUGCCCUUUGAUUAGAUUGAGCAAUGGCAAUCCGAAUAACCAAUAAUUUUGACUACCUCAAUUGAUAUUUUGAGGGAAGAGCUCCUGCAAUUUGUAACGAGACACUAAAUUUACUGACCCAAAAUCCCAAAUAAGCGGAAAAGUUUUUGUUUAUUA